CCUAAUGGGCGUGUAGCUUCAGUACAGAGUAAACACUGUGAGUGAGUGUUGUGUUUGGAGUAUUUUUUGUCGGAACGGCUCAUGUGUGGUUCAGAGUUCUUUACAGAGGAAAAACCUUGCAAGAAGAGUCGUCAUGGCCUGUUCUGCCUCUCUUCAGGAUUACAAGGCUGGUAUGCUGCUGAGUGGUGUUGGUGAUGCUAUAGGUUUUAAGUGGGAGUUUAAUUAUUCAGGACCAUUAAUCCAUAAGUCCGUACAAAAACUUGGAGGAGUAAAGAACAUCACUGCAAAACUUCCUGAUUGGCCAGUUAGCGAUGACACGGUCCUUCACCUGGCCACAGCUGAAGCUUUAGCCACAGGAAAGGAAGAAGAAGAGCUGCUGAAACUGGUAGCAUCUUAUUAUAUAGAGGGUAUGAAAGACAUGACGGGAAGAGCACCAGGAGGAUCAACUAUUUCUGGCGUGUCUCACUUAAAGCCUGACCUUCCCGAUGGCUACAGAAUACCUUACAAUCGUAGCAGUGGAGGAUGUGGUGCUGCCAUAAGGUCCAUGUGCAUCGGCCUGAGGUACCCUCGGCCGGAGCAGCUGCCCUCGCUGGUAGCAGUGGCUGUAGAGAGCGGCAGAAUGACCCACACUCAUCCAACCGGAUUCCUCGGGGGUGUGGCCUCUGCUCUCUUCGCGUCCUACGCCAUCCAGCGGCGUCCACUAACCAGCUGGGGGUUGGGGUUACUCCAGGAGGCGUGUCCAAUAGCAAAGAAGUUUGUGCAGUCGGCAGGACACGCCGUUACUGAGACUGAGAGAGACUGGCAGUACUUCAUCGACAAAUGGCAAUGGUAUCUUGACAUGAGGGGUUUAUCAUCAGGAACUGGACCAGCUCUGUUUCCAGAUCAAUACGGACCCGCUGAACGUGAUGAAAUGUAUAAAGUCCUCAGUUUUUCUGGUUGGGGAGGAAGCAGUGGCCAUGAUGCACCAAUGAUAGCUCUGGAUGCGCUUCUGGGGGCAGGAUCAGACUGGGAAGAGCUUAUGAACCGAGCGACAUUUCAUGGAGGAGACAGUGACAGUACAGCGGUGAUUGCAUGUUGUUGUUGGGGUCUGAUGUACGGACUGAAGAACGUUCCUAAGUGCAACUACACCAACCUGGAGUACAGGGAGCGACUGGAGAAGAGUGCAGAGGAACUUUACCACCUCUCGCAUUGAUGGCAUCGUAUUAGGUUCUCAGCUCACAUGAAAAGCAAUAAGAGUGAUUGGCAUAGAUAAAAGUGCCCAUUUCUAACAGAUUUUUAAAAUUAGACAUAACAAUAAAUCUGUGCUUCCAACUUUACAAUUUUGGGCACCUAACAAACAAUGUCCAACAAACCCAUGGUCAGGUGUCUGCAUACUUCUGAGGACAUCAUGCACAGAGGUUUAGAAAGUAUACAGACACAUUGAUUCUUGUGCACUAAAUAAUUUUAUGAAUUUGGAAUCAAAAUAUUUUUAUAUAUUAUUUAAAUAUUUAGGCUAUUUUUUCAACGUUUAUGUUUUUUUCACUUUUUCUAUUGCGCUAGAAGUUAAUUUUAAUGCACUGUUUUACUUUAUGGGUCACUGGUUGGCUAAACCGCAUGAGAUGUGUAUGGACUUUACUUAAUGGGUAUUAAUUAAACAUUGCUCAUUACAUUGACUAUCACUGUUAUGUAUACAGAAUAAAACAUCAAUUCAAAUUUUUUAAGAAAUAAAAUAAAUAUCUGCCUGUUAGUGCUUGUCUGAAAGUAACAUUUACACCAGUAAUGAAAUGAUAUGUGUUAUUUAGCACCUGAAAAAUGAUUAUUUUUUAACUGUACAGUGGUACCUUGUAACUCAACGUUCCCUAAACUCAAAAUCUUUGAAACUGAACACCCUUUGUUGAGGAAUUUGUACCCUUGAACUAAACGUGUGCGCGACUGUCACUUUGUUCAGCGCUCGGCGUAAUCAGUGCGGUAAAACGUCAUCAAAGUGUGAAUAUGAGACGAAUCUGCAUUUGUGUGGAAUAAGCAUCAAAUCCAGUCUGAAAGCUCCACAGGUAUCUGUGUUUCUCUGUGUUUAUCUGUUUAUCUCUAAAACGCUUAUCAAUAUAAAAUGCUUAAUGUGACAAUGUAUUAAAAGAAUGACACAGGAGCCCUAAA